GCCGAACCAGCCAGGCAGGUCCGGCGGAGUAUAAGAGCGGGAGGGAGCGGCCUGGAGGCAGACGCCUGCAGACCGUCCCAGUAGCCCGAGCCCCAGCCCGAGCCAGCCGAGCCCCUACGCCUAGUCCUCCAGUGUCCGGUCCGCGCACCUCCGCCCCACGAUGGCCAGGGGCCCCGGCCUCGCGCCGCCGCCGCUGCUGGAGCUGCUGGUGUUGGCGGCGCUGACUGGCUACGCGGUCGCGCAGUACAACUGCACAUGCCCAACCAACAAGAUGACCGUGUGCUCCCGGGAUGGCCCGGGCGGCAGCUGCCAGUGCCGCGCGCUCGGCUCGAACGUGGUGGUCGACUGCUCCACGCUGACCUCCAAGUGCCUGCUGCUCAAGGCCCGCAUGAGCGUCCCUAAGAGCGGCCGCCGUCUGGUGCGGCCGAGCGAGCAAGCGAUCGUGGACAAUGACGGCCUCUAUGACCCAGAGUGCGACCACGAGGGCCGCUUUAAGGCGCGCCAGUGCAACCAGACGUCGGUGUGCUGGUGCGUGAACUCGGUGGGCGUGCGCCGCACAGACAAGGGAGACCAGAACCUGCGCUGUGAUGAGGUGGUGCGAACCCAUCACAUCCUCAUUGACUUGCGCCACCGGCCGACCGACCGCGCUUUCAACCACUCAGACCUGGACGCCGAACUGCGGCGGCUCUUCCAGGAGCGCUACCAGUUGCACCCCAGGUUCGUGUCGGCAGUGCACUAUGAGGAACCCAUUAUCCAGAUCGAGCUGCGGCAGAACGCCUCGCAGAAAGUCCCUGGCGACGUGGACAUCGCUGACGCAGCCUACUACUUCGAGAGGGAUGUCAAGGGCGAGUCGCUGUUCCCCGGCCUAGGCCUGGACAUGAGGGUGCGCGGCGAGCCCCUGCACGUGGAGCGGACGCUGAUCUAUUACCUGGACGAGAAGCCCCCUCAGUUCUCCAUGAAGCGCCUCACCGCCGGCCUUAUCGCCGUCAUCGUGGUGGUCGUGGUGGCCAUCGUAGCCGGCGUGGUCGUCCUGGUGAUCACCAACCGGAGGAAGUCCGGGAAGUAUAAGAAGGUGGAAAUCAAAGAGCUGGGGGAGUUGAGAAAUGAACCCAGCUUGUAGGUACCAGAAGGGGAAGCGGGAGGGGUGAGUCCCAAUUCUUGAUUCUUGGCUCAAAGGAGAAUUUCUCUUCCCAAAUCCUUACUGUCCCCUCUCCUCUCCACACUCACCAAAUUUGAUAAGUUUGAUAUCUUGGUAUCAGGAGACAGUUCUUCGUGACUUCUGUCUUCUGUCUUGAAGGAAGCAAUUCUAAAAUUUCUUCCUUCUGAUCCAAGGAAAAGAAAACUGACUCUGGGAGUUGAGGGAAGAAUGACACAGAGCCAUGUGUAAGAAGCAAAUGUCUGACAACCUAGCUUCUUUGCAAGUGAUCAGAUCGAUCUGGAAGCUUUAAAUGAGUUUAGAUGGAAAACAGCUCUUUUACUAUCUUGAAUUUGUUAUUUGAUGAGCUUCCAGUUAUCAUUGCCCUGCCUAUUAAUUAGGCCUGUGUAGUAUCCUCAUUUACCAUCGUUUGUAUUACCCACCACACAGCUUGUCACUAGGAAAGAAGCCUAUUUCCGCUGCCUGAACACAUUUUAGAUGUCUUAGUUUGAGGGCAGAGACUGCCCCAGAAACAGCUUCGAUUCUCAGCUCUUCUGUAUUACAGCUGAUAUCAGUAAUGUUUUCCUUUGUAAAAUGUUUGUAUAUAUGUCGUCUUUGAUAAUGCUGCUGUGAUUUUUUUUAAACAUGAAUUUAAUAAAAUAUGGGAAAGGUACAAAUGAAAAGAUGGAGUUUGUGAAAACUCCCUCCGAAUUUA